AUGCUAUCUCUUUUACUCUUCUACACACAGACACUCUCUAUCUCUCACUUUUCUACACACUCUCUCUCUUGUACUCUUCUGCACUCUCUCUUGUUCUCUUCUGCACAGUCUCUCUCCCAUCCUCUUCUACACAAUCCCUCUUUCUCCCUAUCUUCUACACUCUUUCGCCCUUUUCUAUUCUUCUCUCUCUCCCUCUCAUUUCUUCUACGCACUCUCUUUGACACUCUUUCUCACCAUCUUCUACACUCCCUUUUUCUCUCUCACCAUCUUCUACACUCCCUUUUUCUCUCUCACCAUCUUCUACACUUUUUCUUUCUUCCUCCCACUCUUCUACAUUCUCUUUAUUUACCAUGUGCUUCUACACUCAGUUUCAUACCUAAAUACACUCUCUCUCACUCUCUUCUACACUCUUUCUAUCUCUCUUGCCUUCUUCUACACUCUUUCUAUCCAUCUCACCCUCUUCUACACUCUUUCUUUCUCUCUCACCCUCUUCUACACUCUUUCUUUCUCUCUCACCCUCUUCUACACUCUUUCUUUCUCUCUUGCACUCUUCUACACUUUCUCUCUCUCACCUUCUUCUACACUCUCUCUUGCACACUUCUGCACUCUCUCUCCUCUCUGGGGAAAUCAUUUUUUCUCUAUCUUUCUCUCUUGUCUCUUCUAAACAAAAAAUGUCUCUCUUGUACUUCUUUUUCCCUCCUCUUAUAUCUCUCUCUUUAA